GCGGCCCCCCGAGUUCAAAGCUCCUGCCUCUCGGCUGCUUCGGCAGGCCCAGCUCCCGCCUGCCAAUGGCCUCUUCAGGCCCAUGGGGCUCAUUCCUCACAACGGCCUUUCCAGGCCCAGUUUUUCCCUUCCGGUGGCCUCUCCGGGCCCAGAACCUCCUCAAGUCGGCCUCUCCAGACCCACUUGCACCCUCUGGGCAUCCUCUCCGGGCCCAGCUCUUCUUCCUGGUUGCGUCUCCAGGCCCGACUCCUGCCUCUCAACAACCUCUUUGGACUCAGUGCCUACCCAUCUCCUGGCGGCCUUGGUCGGCCCACAGCUUCCUCAAGCCAAGCUCCCCAGGCCCAGGUCAGGCCUCACAGUGGCCUCUCCAGGAUGAGCUCCUGCCCUCCGAUGGCAUCUCCAGGCCCCAAAUGGUCUCCGGUCGGUGGGCUCCUCCACGCCAAGCUUGGGCCUCCCGGCGACCGCCGCAGGCCCAAGUUGUCCUGAAGUCGGCCUCUCCCGGCCCUGCCUCCCAGCAAGUAAGCAAGCUCUUUUGGCUCAACUCCUGCCCAGCUCCCAACCGCCUUUGUAGGCCCCGAACUUUCUCCAGCCAAGCUCUGAGGGCCCACUUCCUGCCUCCUGGUGGCCUGUACGGGCCUAGCACUGGUUGGAGAACAGCGUCUGCAGGCCCCGCCCUUGCCUCCCAGGGGCCUCUCCAGGCCCAGCUCUUGCCACCACGGCGGCCUCCCGGGGCCAAGUCCCUGCCUGCCUCCCAGCAGCCCGCGUGCGGCCCAGCUCCUCCCUCACGGUGGCCUGUUGAUGCCCACCCUCCCACGCGGACAGAGGUCAGCAUGAGCCCCUUGCCUCACACCGGCCCCUCCCACGCUGAGAGAGGUCAGUGUGAGCCCCUUGCCUCACACCGGCCCCUCCCACGCUGACAGAGGUCAGCGGGAGCCCCUGCCUCACA